GAGGAAUUUUUAUUUGCGUUGUAAAUGAACGAGUUCCUCGUUUGCAACCCUUAUAUUCAGGUGUGGUGUGACAGCACUUCCACAGAUCCUCUGUCCCACGCAAAGUGACCAAACCGUGCUGCGCGCAACACAUUAUUACGUCACUAUCAGAGAUGGGCACAGUUACACUUGUGGAUCUAACACAUCUCAAUUGUCCUGAAUAUGACAUUUGUCUGAAAAAGCGCAUCAGCAAGUUUUGUGCAAUGACUAGGAAUGGGUCACAGGGACGUGUCUUCAUCAUAACAGACCAGCAUGCAGAGAAAUCCGUGGGGACGGACCGCUUUCCCAGAACCGCUAUUCUGGAGAUGUUUGUCGGUAUAAGAGGCAAGUCCCCAGAGGUUCUGUGCAAAAGCUCUCUUUCAGCCUCGUUAUUCUCAUUCAAACAGGCUAUAGACAAAGAGGACAUCAGUGAUGUAAAGAUCAUUACUUCGAGCCACGGAAGAGAUCUGUUUCGAGUUUACGAGGGGCUCCUCUUCACUUCUGCCUUUAGUUUUGAGUACAUAAUCAUGUUUGAAGGUCUGUCCUGUCCGCUGGGUGAUCUCACAGUCAUCUGCGCUGAUGUUCAACAUGAGGUCACCACGUUUUUACAGCACCUACCAGCGGUAAAAGGAGAUAUUACAAUUCUUAGGUCCUCUAUCAUUUCAGAUUGUUUUGCUCAUGGCUUCACCACUCGUACCGGAGGUAUAUCUUACAUCAGUACCCUGAGCUCACUCAACCUCUUUUGCAACCCUCGGCGCAAAGACUCCAGAGCUGUGGUGGCCGAGAACCUCCGCCGGCUCGGCCUGAAGGCUGGAUUUCAACCACUUCAGUUCAACCUCAUAAAGUGUAAUCAUGCCAGUGAUGUGUGGGUGAUGGGAAAACCUGCACCAGACAGUUAUGAUGGAUUGGUGACCAAUCAAGUAGGUGUUGUUAUAGCAGCACCAGGGGCUGACUGCAUGCCGCUGCUCUUCACUGACCCUGUGGCAAAGGUCAUUGGAGUAGCACAUGCAGGCUGGAAGGGUACCCUCAUGGGAAUUGCCAUGGCAACAGUGAAAGCCAUGGUGUCCGAGUUUGGCAGUAGGCCUGCAGACAUUGUAUGUGUGAUUGGGCCUUCUGUCGGGCCAUGCUGUUUUACUCUGGAGCAAGAUUUAGCCAGAGAGUUCCAUGCCAUACAUCCAGAUUGUGUUAGACACAUGGAGUCACCUACACCUUAUGUUGAUAUCAGACUCACAACCAGAAUUCUGCUGGAGCGAGAUGGUAUCAAACCAGAACACAUCCAGGAUAUCAGACUGCCACACAAAACCGAUUGCACACUGUGUACCUCCUGCCAACCUGAAUUAUUCUUCUCCCAUGUAAGGGAUGGAAUCAACUUUGGGACACAGAUUGGCUUUCUGUGGAUAAAAGAACCCUAUGAUAUGAAAGAAUCAGACCACUAAUCAAUGCAUUCACCAAGUUCUGAUUAAAAUGUGUAGAAACAUUCACUUGAACAACAAUGGAAAAAUACCUUUUGCAAACUCAGAAAUUAUACUACUGUGAACACUUUCAUAUUUGCUUUGAAACAGGGUUCCCAUGGUCAUGGAAAUCAAAACCUGAAAAUAUUAGUGAAUAUUAACAUUGUGAUUUCCAGGCUUGAAAAAGUCUAAAUGAAAAUGUAUCCACAUGAAUUGUCCAUUGUUUUGUCUGAUCUAAAAUAUUUAAAGGUACUGUAAGUGGUACUUUUAGCUGUUCUACUUCCACGAGACUGAGUCGUUGGAUUAGCCACGACCCUCUCGCCAAAACCCCGUACUCCAAAGAUACCAAAUUAGUUUUAUUGAGACCGACAUCAUGCAGAAACGCAUUUUAAAAGCAACAGCCGCAAAUUAUUGCCCUCAACUGACAACUGUUAUUAACAAUUUGGCUUACAAUUGGCAGUAAGGCUCAAUUUUGCUGCAAUUACAAUACAAUGAGAUGGUGCAAAAUGAUUGACAGGUCGAAAGUGUAAUUGUCUGUGGACACAUUUUUGUUUGCUGAUUACAGUCUAGAGCUGUUACAGAGACAGGUGAGAUAUCUUACAACACUUAUUUCAGUAAUAUCUCAGAGAGUAGAAACAAUUUUGCAUACCUUUCCAUAAAAAAAAUCGUCUACAGCACCUUAACCUUUAAUUGUCUAGAUAUUGCUCGCAAGCCAGUGUGAUAACAUUUUAUGUCUGUUGAGGUCAUUUCUACAGUAAAAAUGUUCCCUUUAAAGCCGAAGUAUGCUAUUUCUGCAAAACUAGUGGCAAAAAUAAACAAAUGCUUCAAAAUAACUUUCUGAAUAUGCCCCUCAUCUGCAGUUUGUCAAACAAAGAGAUAGCCCUGCCCAAAACUCACACCAUUGGGUGAGUAACGUUGUUGGGGCGGUUCUAAGCGUCUCUCAAAACAAAGACAGGAAGUUUUAUAACAGAGACAGAGUAGCUGUGUCUCAUUUCGAAGGCCGCGUGCUAGGUAGGUUGUGUCCUUUGAAGGCUACACAAUACAGAGCAUCCUCCUUUAAACAAGCCAUGUUUAAAUGGGAAGGCCUUCAUAGGACAAAAGGAAACAGAAUGUAACAUGGUUGCUAUGACAGCACACCACUCUUUAACAAGCAGGUUUGCUUUGAGUGAGAAUGGAACAAAGUCCCUCUAGAAGAGAAUACAUGAGGUACGUUUUAGGAGAGUUAUAAUGAUGUAGCCUAAAGAGAAAAGAAAAUAGAUUUUACAAGUGUACUUUUAGUCUAAUACAUUAUUUUAAUUAUAUAUUAAUACAAUUAUACAUAGGCCUAAUAUAUACUCUGCACCCAUCUACUGAGGUAGGCCUACUUCAACUUGGGAAUUAACAUUACUUGCGUGUUUGAACAUCAUAUUUACGGGCAAAUUGGCGUCAUUUUAUUUUAUUAUUUUUUUGACAUUUCCGUUGUAGCAAAGAAUUGUGGGUUGUGAGUGCCCACGAAAGAUACACCUCAUGCAUCUUCCGAAUUCACGUGAAAGAAGGUCGCACUCCACGUGUCCUACUCGCUUUUCUGAAACAAGACAGCCUCGAUGACGUAGGCGGCCGACAAACGCGACCUCCGGAAAUAUGCCCAGCAGUCUCUGUAAAAUAUAUAUUUUUAAUUUUAUGACUUCUAAAAUGAUUUUCUUAGUUCUAAACCCUCGUCCAGUAUCACAAAUGACUGGAAAAUCAUGGAAAACUCAUUGCCCGAAUCAUGUGUAAACCCUUGUGAAAGAUGCUCAGAGAAACCUCACUUUAAAUACAUAACACAUUAAUUGUCUUUUGAUGUCCAUUAGUAUGAAAGUGCUAUUGGUUUUGUUA